GUAGUUGACAAUGACGCGGACUUUUUAAACGUCAAAUUGUCGAUUGUUAUGUAUGUAUGUGUCUAUGUAUGUAUUGAGGAUUUUUUUUUUAACGAAGUAGUCGUUGCUUUUAUACGUCAAGAGUAUACAACGUUAAGGAGCAAAGCACAUUUCUCAUUCUAACUUCGGAAGUCGCCGGAAUCGGUUGAAUAAAUUUAUUUCUUCCUGUUUAGUCCGAAAUCCAGUGAAAAGUUUUAUUUAACCGUUUGACCGUUUGUUAUGUGUAAUUGAAACUAAAAAAUGAAUUCCAUCAACCAGGAAUUGGUUGAUAUUCUAGAAAAGACGGUUGUGGCGGACACGAAUGAACUUGUCCGUGCGCACGAUUACUUGGAGAAGGCAGCAGCUAAGAACUUUAUGAAUUUUCUCUGGGACCUGUCAGAGAUUUUGGCGAAUCCUUCACAAAGUGAUGUUGCUCGUGCCGCAGCUGGUCUUCAGCUAAAGAAUCGGUUGGCCGAUAACGGACAGAAUCUAGUUAAAAGGAACGUCCUUUCUGCCUUGCGGACUGAGAAGACACGCCCCUCAUGUGCCGCCCAAUGUGCUGCGGCUAUAGCCCUUCGUGAACUGCCGAUGCAGUGUUGGAGCAAUCUCAUCCCCAAUUUGGUCCAUCAGGUGACUGACCAAAGUUCCACGGAAAUGCAACGGGGAUCAGCUCUGCAGGCCAUUGGUUACAUAUGCCAGGAUGUGCAGUAUGAAAUUACGGAGGAGCAAUCAAGUCUGAUGCUAACUGCCAUUAUACAUGGCAUGAGCAAUUUGGAGCAUAGCAAUCGUGUGAGAGGGUUAGCCACGGAGGCACUGCUGAACUCCCUGGAGGUAGCCAAUGUCAUCUUCGAGCAGCAAUCGGCAAGCAUAAUGAAGACUCUUGGCGAGCUAACACAGUGCUUAAACAUACGGGUUUGCGUGACUGCCCUCCAGUGUUUGGUGAAGAUUAUAACGUUGUACUAUCACCAUAUGGAACCUUAUAUGACGCAGAUGCUGCUCCCGAUCUCGUUGCAAUCAAUCGGAUCGCAGAAUGCUGAUAUAUCAUUACAAGGCAUCGAGUUCUGGUCGAAUAUGAGUGAUAAAGAGGUCGAACUGGCCAACGGGGCUCACGAGGAGACUUGUGAAUUGAAAAAUUAUGCUUCCGGGGCAUGCCCUUUCGUGGCUCCAUUGCUAUUGGAGAAAUUGACUCAGCGUAAUGAGAACGAUGAUGAGGAUGCUUGGAAUCCAUCUAAAGCGUCAUCCGUAUGCCUUACGCUCUUGGCUUCUUGUUGUGAGGAUAUGUUAGUGACACAUGUUCUGCCUUUUAUUCGCGAGAACCUUGAUGCGCCCAAUUGGCACUAUCGUGAUGCAGCUGUAAUGGCCAUGGGUUCCAUUCUUGAUGGCGUCAAAACGAAAGCCCUAAAACCAGUCGUCACGGAGCUCAUGCCCAGUUUGAUUGGCUUGGUAGGCGAUCCUCGUAUCUUAGUCAGGGAGACGGCAAUAUGGACAAUGAACCGCGUUUGCCAUCUGAUACCCGAAGUGGUCAUUAGUGAGAGUUCUUUGCAAGGGCUUUUCAAUUGCCUGGUCACCGCCAGUGUGAACUCGAAGCCUCAUGUGGCUGUCUAUAUGUGUGAUAUGAUGAUUGAGAUCUCAAAGGCUGCCUAUCAUGAGGCCAUAUCCCAAGAGGGUGAACCUCCCAAUACGUAUUGUCUGUCACCUUAUUUCCAAACCAUCAUGAACCACUUGCUGGACAUGACUGAUCGUUAUGAUGGCGGGCACGCCAAUUUGCGUCGUACGGCGUAUGAAGCUAUGGUCGAGAUGAUAAGCAGUUCGUCCCUGGACUGCUUUCUGGUUGUCCAGCGAGCAGUAGUAGUAGUCCAGGGACGACUCGACCAUAUUUUGGCAAUUUGUUUGCGUAUGCAGGAGGAUCCAAUGAAUCGGCGGUUCAAUGAAUUGCAAUUUUUGCUUUGUGACCUAUUGAAAGCGGUGUUGAACAAGUUCUCUUGCGAGGAUGCGAAAUUAAUAUCAGGUGAGGCAAUGAGAUCACUCCAAAUCAUGUUUCAAUUGAAUGCUGGCGUAUCGGCAACUCUUCAAAAAAAUGCACUGACGACUAUAUUCACAUUGGUUCACCUUCUGGGCAGCGAGUUUGUCAUAUAUAUGCCUGACUUUAAAGAUCUUCUUAUAAUGGGUAUUAAAAACUAUGCCCAACCGGGGGUCUGUCGUGUUGCUGUGGACCUGAGCGGUCUCAUUUGUUGUUCGGUGAGGACACUGAUGGUUCCAUAUUCUGAUGAGUUAAUGUCCGUGUGGAUGAACAACUUGGCCGAGCCUAGUUUUCCGCGCGAUCUAAAGCCCAGUAUUCUAACGGCCAUUGGCGAUAUGGCCUUGACAAUUGGCGACAAAUUUUUGGAAUAUUUGGAUCCGGUUCUCGAAAUUCUAAGAGCUUCCUCUGAGGUUCAAAUCGAUGCCACCAACCACAAUGAGUAUGGCAUAGGAAAGUUUAUCAGUAAGUUGCACGAAUCCACUAUCGAUGCCUACACCGGCAUCAUUCAUGGUCUUGUGCGUUUCGAUAAUGGGGUCCAUAUCUCGCGUUUGGAACCACAGCUCGCCCAUAUAAUUGGCUUUAUAAAGCGAUUAGCCCGAGGGGAGGAUGUCACGGUUACAAAAAUGGCAAGCAUCGCUUUCUUUCUCAGUGAUCUCUGCGAUUAUUUUAAAGAAGCAAUUAAGCCAUUCCUCAACGACGAGGUUGUUGCACGGCUCCUGGCAUAUAACAAUAAUUCCCAGGAGUAUUAUGAUUCCCAGGAUUCGCUAGCCUCAAGGACUGGGGAAGAUCAAGAUUCAAGUUCCUCUGCAAGAUAAUUGCCUUCUCUUCCUGUCCAUCAUAAAUCACAAAACACUUACACUUAUGCACACACACAUUUUUAUGUACAUGUAUGUAAACACAAUUUUCUCAUUUAUCAGACUAGCUUUUAUUUUGUUCAUACACUAUAUGCUCACACACACACACACUCAUUCAUAUACUUGUGCAGCAUAGAACCAUAAUCAUAUAUGGACAUAUAUACAAAAACAAAUCGUAUCCAAAUAUAUUUAAA